AUGAAUCUUCAGGAACUAUAUUUAGCUGGAGCAGGAUUAGUUAAACUCCCGGAGUGGUUAUCUUCAACAAGUUUGUUUACUCUUGAUGUGUCGAGUAACAGGUUGGUCGGUAAGUUGCCAGUAUGGAUGGCAAAAAUGAGAAACUUACAUACCCUCAAUGUAUCUAACAACGGUUUCCAUUCAGAUAUACCAAUUGAGUUCGAGAACCUUGCUCGAGGUUUAGGGGUACUUGAUCUUCAUCGGAACAACUUCACAGGGGGGUUAAGCACGAUUUUCGCUGUCUCGGGUCGGUUUCGUUAUACUUUUAUUGAUCUUUCUUACAAUAUGUUUGUGGGUCGUAUUGAUAACAAUAUAGGAAACCUAGAGAGUAUGGCUGUUCUUCAGACAUUAGUACUAUCUAAUAAUCGUUUAGGAGGAGCUAUGCCGAAAUCUCUUGGGAAAUUGAGUUUUCUUGAGACUCUAAAGCUAGAUAAUAACGAGUUUACGGGGACGAUACCAGCUGAGCUAAGCAGUAUCACAUUUAUAACAUCGAUUGUGCUAUCGCAUAAUAAACUUACUGGUAGUAUACCUUCUAGAGUAAUGAACUUGCUGGAUAUCGUAGAGUUUGAUGUGUCCUACAACAAGUUGACAGGAAAAAUUCCUCCUCAUAAGAAACCAUUUCCUGCUUCUUCUUUCGUGGGCAACUCUGGCCUCUGUGACUCCCCACUUGCUCCUUGUAAAACUGCUUAG